AAUCAGUUCAAAGGGUUUUCACGUAGUUCACCAUCAUCACAACAAUCAUUCGACAUUUCUACUCACAGUAUUGGAAGAUAUGUCGGAAGCAGGAUAUGGGAUUGAUGACGUUCUUGGUAGUGUAGGCAUGGACGAUCAAAAUUCAUUACCUUCAACUAUACACUUUUUAAGACAAGCACAACUUGAUCCACGAUCGACAAACUACGCUGUAACAGGAGGUGUAAUUUCACAAUUGUACAGAUCACUAUGGACAGCAAUAUUUACAAACAUUACGCCUGCCCAUCUAUUGCCAAGAGAGGUGGCACCAACGAUGAUGCAUGCAAUGGUAUUCUUGGAAAGGUGUAAUUGGAAUUUAUGUGCAGCACAAAAACGUGCUUCAUUAGAAAUAAACGAGCAAAGGAGAGAACGUUUAGGCGGCGUAACUUCAGCUUCAUUCUCCAAUUCUUCUUUGAGCUCAAACACAAAUAAUUCAUCUUCACCGCUUAAUGCAUCGCCUUUGAUCACUCCCGGCGGCGCAAAGGGUAAAUUUGUUCCUCCCAGAUCGGCCACCCCACCGCCGGGUUUGUCAUCAGAAGAAGUGAUGGGAGCGGAAUACGGAGAAGACCGUAAAGGGAUGCCUUGUGGACAUGUAUUCAAGAAAGGUGAAGCCAUUUAUCGAUGCCGAGAUUGUGCUUUGGAUGAUACGUGUGUUUUAUGUGCGCCUUGCUUCAACGCUUCGAAUCAUGAAGGUCACGAUAUCGUCUUCAGCGUGAGCAAUUCUAGUGGAGGCUGUUGUGAUUGCGGAGAUGAAGAAGCUUGGACAAAGAGAAUUUGCUGUCGCUAUCAUGAUGCAGGCGAGGCUCACUCCUCAAAGUAUUAUGAAGCAGGACCAAGUCAAGAGAACGAAGCAAGCCAUGAUACGAUGAUGGACGAGGACUUCUCAAUGCAGAACAAAAGAGAUCCUGACUCGUAUGAUAUCAAAGGAAAAGGCCCCGAGAGAAGGUCAGGCACCACAUCCGACUACAUUGAUCAGAUUGAAAGUCUUUUGACAAACGUACCGCAAGACGCAAAGACGGGCUUCCUGCGACAAGUUUCUUCUAUGAUCGCUUUCAUUCUCGAUACAAUGGAACAUGCACCAGCGGAGAUGAAGCUUCCAGAGGGUCCUGAUGCUAUAGAGAUCAUCAAGAGACAAAAGACGCUUGAGCCUCCAGAGCCUGAAGAUGAGGAUUUGGACUAUAUGCCAGGACCGGGAGCAUACUCUUUCGAUUCCAAUCAAAACAAAUUGUACACUGUAGUUCUGUGGAAUGACGAAAAGCACAGUUUCCGUGAUGUGAUCGAUAUCAUCUGCGAGGUGACCAACAAAACAGAAACAGAAGCAAAAGGGAUCGCAGAGCGUGUCGAUCGACAUGGACGUGAAAUAAUCGAAACAUCAAGCGAUUUGCGGAGGAUGUAUCUACUAGCCCAUAAGCUGGGUCAAAUCGAUCUUGCAGUCACAAUCAGGCCAGCUUACGACGUAUACGCAGAGGAGAUCGCAGGUCAUGUUUUGGAACUUCUUCUCGACUUAUCAAAUGCUUCUUUCGGGACUUUGUCCCCUUCAUCGAAAUCACCGCCCUCCACACAUCCUCUCGAUAACCUUGUGCCAAGUGCAGUGGCCAUGCGAGCAUUGUUGGGAAGGGCAUUCUUGAAUGAUUGGGAACACCGAUUACCGGUAACACAAGGCGACAUGACGACCGACUUUUUCGAUAAUAGCGAACUCUUGCAACUGGAUGGAAUGUUAUUGAUGGACUAUAAAAUGUGGAAGGGAGCGCGAGCAAAUGCAAGAUCUCUGUAUAUGGCUCUCAUCGGGCCAAGAGAGGUGAAGCGUGCUUUAGCCUAUAGAUUCGCAUGCAUGUUCUCCAAAUUGGUGGAGAUCUUUAUUGUGAAGGAUCGAGAACCGGAGCACUCGAUUCGAUUUAUUGCUGUGCAAUUGUUCAGUGUUCCUUCUAUUGCAUCCGAGUUGGUCAUCAAUCUUGAUCUUCUACACAAGAUGCUUCAAAUCCUUCAAGCCAUCUUCACCGGGCAAUUGACAUUAGGCACACUUUCACUACCGCCUACUGCGCCACCUCGCAUGCAAGCAAGUCCAUCUUCAAUGCUCGUCCGUCAACAGAGGUGUCAUUAUAUCUUGUACGAUUUACGUUAUCUCUUGGGUGCUGAAGGUGUGCAAAAGCAAAUCGUGUCCGACACUAGGCAUUUGGGAUACUUUGCCGAAUUUUUGUCGUUGUUCAACGCCAUCACACCAGAUCGACGUGCAGUAACGGAACAUGUCGAGUUUGAAUCGGAGGUGUGGGUGCCAAUCUUCAAUGUAGCAACACAUCUGGCAAGGACUAUCAAGUUAUUUGGAGAAAGCUAUGGAAAAGGUACUGGGCAAGAAUUGUUGAGAGGCUUACUUCUAGCCAUGGAAAAGACGCUUCUCAGCUGCUCACAUCUCCAUCAAAAUGAUCCUGAUUCUCACGCUACGAUUGCUUUCAAUCGAAUCAACUUUGCUGGUGUUUCGUAUCAUAUUAUCGAUUUCACCGUAGAAUCAAUGGGCGUUUCUUUCCAUCAUCCUAUGCAUUGGAUGUUGGCCGAAAUGCUGAAAUCAGUCAACAAACUUGAUUACGAAUUCCUUCAUCAAAUGCGAAAAGAGAAGCUCGCCGAUUUGAUACCGGAAGAGACGGGUGAAAAUGGAUUGAUUGUUCUCUUCGAGUUCCCGCUGCGUGUCGUCGUCAAGCUUGCACAAAUUCGUGCCGGUCUUUGGGUCAGGAAUGGAUUUGGCAUUCGUUCGCAAGCACAUCAUUAUCGCGAUAAUAGCAUGCGUGAUGUGAUGUACGAUCAAGAUUUGUACAUGCUUCAAUGCAGUCUUGUGUUCGUCAAGCCGGAUCGAAUGCUCGUCACUUUCGCACAGCGGUUCUCAUUGAUCUCAUGGUUGCAAGGUCACGGUAAUCAAACAGGAUUUGAGAUGGGUCAAUUGUUGUUCUUGGCAGAGGAGCUGAUCUUGCUCUUGGUCACUUUGUUGUCUGAAACUUCUACGGCGAUGCAUCGCAGUAUGGAUGACCUUGUUCGAAGGGAGAUUGUACACUUUUUGGCCCUCAAUCAAGGAACGUAUUCCGAAUUGACACGUCAUAUCAGUGACAAACUAAAGGAUCAUGCCAACUUUGAUCGUGUAUUGGCAUCUGUGAGCAAUUACCGUGCACCUGAUGGAACGAAUGACCUUGGAAUAUUUGAAUUGAAAGAUGAAUGCUACGAUGAAGUUCAACCAUUCUUCUAUCAUUACACUCGCAAUCAGAGAGAAAAGGCAGAGCAAGUGCUGAAAGAUCGUCAAAAGCGAAAGACAUCCGCUGAAGAAGCUAAAAAGUAUGUCAUUCUUCCUCACAAACGAUUGGCACCCGGUCAAGCAGUAUUUGUGGACACUUUGAGAAAUGCACUUUUGAGUCCAGUUUUGAUGCAAAUUAUCUUUUCAUGCUUGGUCAAUGUGAAUGCAGGUGAGGAAGAAAUGCCAGACGGAUUGGUGGAUGGCUGCUUGCAAUUAUUAUUGAUGGGUCUAGUCGAGCAAGAAGCACCAUUUGCAAGUGCCCUCUGUGAACGACGAACGGAACCGGAAGGAUCAGGUUACGAAAGUAUGAUGGAAUUGCUUUUGGCGCUUCGAAAGGUGGAGAAGUUUAGCAACUUCAAAGCGAAGCUAGAAUGGAUCUUGAACAGGGCUGCAAAACUUGAUUCUGAUCGAUGCGGAAGGAUUGUUGAUGCUCUCUGGCAUGGUCAAGAACGCAAAGAUGGUGCGGCUGGCCAAAUAAGUGCAGAGGAUAAGCGCAAAGCUGCAGCCAAGGCAAGACAAGCAGCAAUCAUGCAAUCAUUCUCAGCACAACAAAAGAGUCUCUUGGAAAGCCUGGAAGAUGAAGAAGUUGACGAUCAACUAGACGAAGACGAGAAAGAUUUGAUGGAUGAGGGAGAAGAUGGUGACACACGGCAAGUUUCAUUUGGUAGCUGCAUCUUUUGUCAGGAAGAUUUGAACGGUAAUCAAUCUUUUGGCAGCCUUGCACAUAUUCAAAGCAGCAGGAUAAUGCGCAACACCCCUCGUCAUGACUCUUAUAGCUUGCAACAGAGCUUGCAAACACCUUUGACGUUGGACAGAAAUGGUGCGGAGGGAAAGAGAGUCCGAGGAGAUUCGUUACCUCAAAGUCCGGACAAGACUAGUCACAGCCACUCACGUCGCCAAUGGGAUGGUUUCCCUUCGGAGGAGCGUAGAUUUGGAUUCUAUACGUCUACGUGUGGUCAUUUGAUGCAUUUGGAAUGUUUUGAGGUGUAUUGUCGAAGUAUCGAGCAAAGACAUGCACAGCAAAUUGCCCGAAAUCACCCAGAAGAUUUGGCAAGAUCUGAAUUCGUAUGCCCGUUAUGCAAGAGUCUGGGUAAUGUGAUCCUGCCUGUACCAAAAGCAGCAAGUAAGGUAUAUGUGCCCAUUGUCGAUCAAACGACAAUCUCAGAUUGGAUCAGGAAGAUCAAUAUCGAUAUCUUGAAGUCUUCGACCAAUUCAUUACGAUCCGAUUUGCAAGAAACAGAGAAUGGGACAGGAUGUUUCGUGCCAUGGUUCGCUGAAGAUGCACAGAUUGUUCUUGACUCAUGGAUUUCCCGAAUGGGCACGGCGAGCAAUUCAUCUUCUGAACAUCCAAAUAGACAAUUCCUUGAGCGUUUGUGCAGGGUCUUGAGACCUCUUUCCACAAAGAGUCGUGCAAUGCGUGUUGCCCAUCAAAGUCGUACGAUUCUUGCACCGCCAAGCAGAAAGAUGUACAUUCCGGAAGAAGUGAUUGCUUAUACGAUCGAUGUGCUGGAGAUCGCACAAAGAGGUACAACACCAACUGUCAAAGAACCUACCAAAGACCAUGUUUCCGCUCCAAACGUUUCCGAUGGAAUGACGGAACAAACGAUGGAUCUGAUCGUCGCCUUUAUCACUUGUCUACGUGAUCUUGCCAAAUUGGAAGAGCCAAAUUAUCAAGCUAUUUUCAGACAUGGUCUUUUGAUGAGAUUAUUGCCACAUUGGGGAGGUCAUGAUACAGUUCGUUCGCCUCUCGUUUUACGUGAUCCGAUGACCCUCUUGGUGGAAGCUGCUGCUGUUAUCCCCGGCAAUUUACCUCAAGUGACAAUUUUGAUGUUUUACGUACAGUUGAUCCAAGUCGUAUUUGGAGUUGCACAACCAAGCUUGUGGCCUCAAUCUGGUCCUGGUGGAUCUGCUCGUGGCAUGCCGGGCUUACGUACCAAUUCAAAUACUUUUGCUCCUGGCGAAGAAGGAAAUGCACCUUUUGCCAAAUCAGACAAUGAAGCGAUUUCACAAGUCUUUGACGAUGUGAGGGGUACUGUAGCAAAUAUCAUUGGCUUGGUAGGCUAUGCACGCGGCAACAUCACACUUGGAGUGGAUAAUUUGGACGAUGCAAGUUUGGCGAAGAUGAUCUGCACCUAUUGUUUACCUUUCUUACGUCGUGCAACGCUUUUGCAACGUGCUAUGGGCGUGUUACCAUUGCAAGAAAAGAAUCAAGAAGAUUUGAGCAGUCAAUCUGAAUUUAUCCGAUUGAUGAAACUACUCAACAUACCUUUCCCAAGAGAAGCACUUUCGGCGACGGCUACAAGACAAACCGCAUUAGCCGGCUUAGUUGAAGGCUGGAUCAAACAUGCUUAUCCUCAAUUAGCAUCCAUCUUUAGGCCAUUACCUAUUCAACCUUCACCUUUGUCCGUCUCAUCCAAGUCGGGUCAUCACCAUCAUCCACAUCAUCCGACAUUACAGCUUGAGCACCCGCAUAUCUACGAAUUGAUCAAGUUACCCGUCAAUUUGACUACUUUGCUCAUGCAAUGUCAAGUGAUGAAAUGCAAAAGAUGUGGUAAUUCACCUCCAGAGCCAGCAAUUUGUCUGGAAUGCGGUGAAAUCUUGUGCUUCCAAAGCUUCUGUUGUCAAGGCGGUUCGGACGGACACGGUGAGUGCAAUAGGCACCUGGAAGAAUGUGGUCACUCUACCGGACUGUUCUUCAAGAUCAAGUCAAAUAUUAUCGUUCUGUUAUUCCAAGGGAAAGGAUGUUUCACUUAUUCACCUUAUUUGGACGCACAUGGUGAGAUUGAUAUCGGAUUGAAGAAAGGCAAAAUUCAAUUCCUUCACACGAUUCGAUUUGAUGAAUUACGCAGACAAUGGUUGCAACAUGGCAUAGCAAAUAUGAUUGCUAGAAAGAUUGAAGCUGUGAUGGAUCAAGGUGGUUGGGUAACCAUGUGAUUGGUGCAGUCAUUUUAUGUAUCUAUGUCAUUAGAGUACAAACUAGAUGAAUACAUUUAUCAUCCUAUUUAGAUCGAGUAGAAGAAAAGAUCAUGCCAUGAAACCUACUUCACCAACGGUGAAGCGAGUAGAAUGUGGAAGGACCGUUAGUGGAACAGCACAUUCUACCACUUCCAAUUUGGCUUCAGCAGACUGAUCGUCAGAUGGAGCGGCACCAACAAACGGUCCCGCUAAUGAAGGGGCAG